GAACGAGCAGGUGAUUCGCGAAGCUGUUGGCGAUCUUGUGAGGAUGCCCAGACCCACUUGUUCUUCGGAAUCCGACCGAUCGAGAGGGAUAGGAGGAGCUGGCGUCUGGCGAGUCGCGAAGCCAUCGGCGGUAUUGAGGAAGCCGACGAUGGUUGCUCCCCGAAAUCCGAUCGAUCUGAGAAGUGAGAAGGGUCGAAGGGAACUGGCGGUCUGACGUCUCGAGAUCGAGAGUGAUAGGAAGAGCUGACCGUGG